CACGUUGGUCUCCGACUCAUCGGUGGCCGACGUUGCCAGUGAUUGUGAAACCAAACUCAUCCCUUGUCUUGUAUGCACCAUAAAGAAAAAAAAAUCAGGAUCUCUAGUUCAUGACUAAAUGAGAAAUGUUACGACUUGCAGUCACCGCACGAGUUCUUAUUAGUGUAUUAUUACUGUUCAGAGUUUCUCCGUUGCCAUUUGGGAAAGCAGUUGAUCUGAGUCAGGAGGUUUAGAAGAAUGUCACGGUUUAGAUCAUUGUGGCAAGCCUCGGUGAAUGCAACAAAGAAAGCUCUAACGUGGGAACUCGAGGAAAUGGUACCGCCUGCGGAGAAGUGUAUAUUCAAGUUCAGUUCAAAAGAAGACCUGAAGAGAUGGCACCUUUAUUCUGAUUCUGAGUAUGGAGGAUUAUCUUCGGCUUCAUUGGAGAUGAAAGAUGGAGGAAAUGGAUCAGACUGCACUGGUGUGUUCUCCGGGAACCUCUCUACGGACAUGAGCGAAGGUUCAAAAUGGAGUAUUAACCGGAGUGGUUUCUGUGGAAUGCGCUCAAAGAAGUUUGAUGGCUUUAUUGAUCUCGACGGGUAUGAUUCCAUAGCCAUGAGGCUUAAAGGAGAUGGAAGAUGCUACAUCUCUACUAUAUAUACAGAGAAUUGGGUAAACUCGCCAGGACAAGCAGAAGAUAACUCAUGGCAAGCUUUUGUUUUUGCUCCAAAGGGAAACUGGUAUACAGCUAAGGUUCCUCUAACUCGCUACUUGCCAACAUGGAAAGGAAACGUGAUAGAUGCAGACAUGGAGAUGAAUCCAGGCCGUGUUGUGGGUAUGUCUCUGUCAGUUAACUCACAAGGAGGUGGUUUCAUUGGCGCUAAACUAGGCUCAGGCGAUUUCAGAGUCGAAAUUGACUGGAUCAAAGCAUUGAGAAUGCCAUGAUGAAUGAUGCCGACAGAAAGAAACUGAAGUUCUCUGGUUUGGUUUACUUGUAAAACCGGGAUUUGGGUUAACCGGAUCAAAGUUGGUGGACAAAAGGAAACGUUUGUGAAAUGACACUUACAAGUUACAGCAAGUUGUCUUGGCUUUAGUAGAACAUAAGAGUCAAUGAAUAAAAUUACAUGGGCCAUAUUAA